UAUAUAAGCGGCAGAGGGCUGGCGCUGCCCUGAUCUCUCCCACUGGUUCUGCCUGCCAGACGGGCACCUUUGGAGCAGCUCUCGCACAACACCCACCAUGUCCCAGGCUGGUGGUGCUCAGGAUGCCCCUAUCAAGAAGAAGCGGCCCCCCGUGAAGGAGGAAGAUCUGAAGGGGGCCCGUGGGAACCUAGCCAAGAACCAGGAGAUCAAGUCCAAGACCUACCAGGUCAUGCGGGAGUGUGAACUAGCUGGUUCCGCCGCCCCGUCGGUGUUCAGCGGUACCCGGACUGGCACAGAGACCGUCUUUGAGAAGCCCAAAGCUGGACCUGCCAAGAGUGUCUUUGGCUAAGAAGUGCCCACCAUUCCUCUCGCCACUGCCAACUCCUAGAUGCAAGAGCCUUUCCCAGAAACUUUUUUUUAUUCCAGAAUGCACCUUCUCACCUGUGUGCCUUUGGGACUGCCGCCUGCCCCUCAGAGCCCUGUCUCUUCAGCCCAGGGACCCUGCACCAGCACUUGGGGAACACCAAUAAAGAGGAUGCCCAAGUGACCCCAGCA